CAAAGCCAGAUGUGGAAAGUCACGCUGGGAAUAAGGAUGAAAAGCGAGGAGAACCCCAGGCAAAAACACCCUGGUAUCCGGGUUAGGGCGGUAGUCAGAGCAGAGAGAAAGGGGAGUAACACACGCGCAUAGAGCCGGUUUGGAGGUAAAGAACCAUGUCCGUGUCCUCACUUAGUGGAUUUCUCCACAUCCUGCUGUGCGCCCGACUGAGGGGCUCCUUCGUGAUAUUUACCGCGGGACGACGCGCGGCGCUCAUUGCGUCGUAAUCCGGCGCAUGGCAAGCGCAUCAAAAACGGUUAGGGAAGACAAUUCGUUCCCUUCGUUCGUUUAAUAUAGAAAAAAAGGGAUAGACUUUUCUUUCCGCGUGGGCGCACGCAUAGUCAGAGAUGCCAAGCAGCGAGCCAGGGGCACUGGAAGAGGAUGACGAUUUGAAAUAUGAGUGGACUGAACCUUCUUCUAUUAAACAUUAUCCAAACGAAGAAUAAUUUACAUUUUCUUAACAGGGCUCGUUGUGGCACCGCCGCGUGUCCCACCCGCUUUUGGUGGCACAUGGAUGGGUGACUUUUCAGCGAAGACACGGGAAGCGAAGAGCGCGUGUAACUUUAUGUAGGUCACACCGUGAGUACCACAUCUUUUCUUAUUCAUAUCGCCUUCAAGUAGCAGGCUCGUACGCGCGCUCCCGGGGAGCUCGGGGAGGCAUUCAGGUGCGCUCCAUGUUCCCUUUGGGACACAUCGGUGCCGGCGGUGGCUGCUGGAUUUAAAGAGCAGCUGUGACCUGAAAGCAGCAGUGGGCCAGUGAUGCCGGACGCAUUCGCGCUCAUAAAGAACCGGACAGAGCCACAGCUGGGGCAGCUAGAGCGCACUCUGGCCUCGGACGGGAGCGCCCGCCCCGCCUGGGUCAUAGCUCUCCUGGCCAGCGUUUUGAUCUUCACCACGGUGGUGGACGUGCUGGGGAACCUGCUGGUGAUCAUAUCGGUGUUCAGGAACCGCAAGUUGAGGAACUCUGGUAAUGUAUUUGUGGUGAGCUUGGCCUUCGCCGACCUUGUGGUAGCCUUCUAUCCCUACCCCUUGGUUCUCUAUGCUCUCUUCCAUGACGGAUGGGCACUGGGAAACACACAAUGCACGGUCAGCGGUUUCCUCAUGGGGCUGAGUGUCAUCGGUUCCAUUUUCAACAUCACUGGGAUUGCAGUGAAUAGAUAUUGCUACAUCUGUCAUUCAUUCUCCUACAGUCGGCUGUACAGCUUUCGCAACACUCUGAUGUUUGUUGCCUUAAUUUGGCUGCUCACAGUGGUGGCCAUUAUCCCCAAUUUCUUUGUAGGCUCCCUGCGCUAUGACCCGCGAGUCUACUCCUGCACCUUCGCCCAGAAUGUUAGCAGUUCAUACACAGUGACGGUGGUCGUGGUUCACUUUUUGGUACCAAUUGCAGUGGUUACCUUCUGUUAUCUACGCAUCUGGGUGCUUGUGAUUAAGGUGCGACGUAAAGUGAAGAUGGACGAGAGCCCUCGCCUCAGACCAAGUGACAUGCGGAAUUUCAUCACAAUGUUUGUAGUCUUUGUGCUGUUUGCCAUCUGCUGGGCUCCCCUUAACCUGAUUGGCUUGGCGGUGGCCAUAGAUCCGUCUCGUGUGGCUCCGCGGAUCCCAGAGUGGCUCUUUGUGGUCAGUUACUUCAUGGCCUACUUCAACAGCUGUCUGAAUGCCGUCAUCUAUGGCUUACUCAACAGGAAUUUCAGGAACGAGUACAAGCGCAUUGUCACUUCUGUCUGGGUGACUCGGCUUUUUGUGACGGAGACUUCGCGACCUGCCACGGAGGGCAGGAGCAUGAGGAGCAAGCAAUCGCCACCUCCACCGCUCAACAACAACGAGUCAGUCAGAGAUCGUACAAACAAAGAAUGACUCCUGUAAUCCUCAAGCCUGUAAAAUGUUAAUUCCUGUUUUUGUGACGUCCAGUCAGUUGUGCAGCUAAAGAGUAUUAAGUAACGGAUGAAACUAAAAUGCAUGGCUUGGUUUUCUGUAAGUACGCCUCAAUCAGACCAGGAUGUAGGCAAACAUGUUUACAGCUGUGACCUUUUUUUUCCAAAGUUGUGAAAACGUAUGUAGUAUAUAAGUUCUUGAAAAUUUAUGUUUGGAGGAUUAACUCAGCAACUUUGCUAAAAUGCUAAAUAAAGCAGAGGGUCCUAUGUGAUGUCAGCUUGUUACGUCCUGGGAGAAUGAAGCCAUGCAUUGGAGUUUCAUUGUGCUCCUACUCUCAAAAUAUUCUAAAGUGGUAUACCAGUAUAUCAUAAAAAAUGUAAUAACCUUUAAGGUCUGCUGUUGCAGCCCCUGUAUAUUCCACCCAAUAUGUGGUAGCAACUGGUGAACACAGGCUACACGUCUCUUUAGUAACUUCAAAAGCCUCAAAUACUAUAACCCGCCUCACUUGAAGCUAGAUUUGUAAAGAGAAAAUAAUGUCAGUCCGUCUAAUGUGUAGUAUCAGUGUGACGUUGUGUGCCGUGGUAACAGUGAUGUGACGGUAGCAUAUACUUGAUGUGGCCCCGUCUGACCCUCUUGCACUUCAAAAAACUACAAACAAAAACUUAGUAAUGAACAUAGUGCAUCUUCAGGAAAUUAACACGAAGCCAGUCACUAGCUCCACAACGAGUGACAAUCGGAACUAAAAGAAAAGGUGCAUGUGAUGUAGCAGGAAGAGGAGACAAACUGAAUCUAUUAUUGCUGCUGUAACUCCAUCGUUCUGCAUCGCACAUCCUAAUGCUCCUCAACUGCUGCAGGUUUUUUUCUAACUUUAAUGCAAUUCUAAUUCAAACAUAACAAAGUGAAACAUCUUCUCUGAAAAAAGGCCAAAGUGGUGUGAAAAAAUAGCUAGACUUUUCCUUAAAGGCAAAAUGUUGAUUUGAUAUUACACUAGCAAUGUUUUUUCCUCUGUUAAUAUCCAUUUAAAUAUUAAUUACUUAGGUUUCUUCUUCUCUGCUAUAGGGGUGCAACAUUGGUUUCAUGCAAGGUACCAAAAUCAGUAUAUUGUACCAUUUUGUAUAUGAGUCAUCACAUAAUUAUAGCAUAUAUAGAUUAUAUGUGUGAUCAUUAAAUGAAAAUUUACAGUGAUAUACAUUUUUAACUAGAAAUAUAAAUCUGUAGAGAUAAGAAAACAAGGAGGCACAAUUUGAUUUAGAGAACACCAGUAGUGGAACGUUAUUACUGCAAGUGCAAUUUUGAGGUCCUUUUUAGAUGUUGAUACUUUUAUUUGUCUAUUUAAGCACUUUUUUCCACCAGUGGGUGAACAAAAAGACUGCAGGUGAGCAGAACACUCACACAGCGACAGCACAACAACAGACACUGAUGCCAAAAUGUUAACUAAAUAAAUUGUUAAAUUAAAAGAAAUAGCCGAGUGCAACAGUAUCAUGAAUCAGGAACAUUUACUGCCAAAAAUAUGUUAGCCAUAUGAGGAAUUAGACAUGGCGGUAGGGGAAUUAGACAAUAAGAUAUCGGACAACAAGACAGAUAAGAUAACGUGUGUGUAAGCACAGUGCAAGAAAAUGGCAUAGCAUAACAUCUCUUUUUGCAUGCUAACACUUUGCUAUGCAAUUUAAAGGAGUAGUUGUCAUGAUCCAAGGUCAGCUGCAUGUAAAUAUCAUAUCCACCUUACUGAGAUAAACUGUCUAUUUAUCAUACCAACUUACUGUAAAAUCAUGCCGCCCCCAGGUUAUACGGCAGACCAACAAAAGGACUAUCAUAUAAGUUCAGAAUGUUUUCUUGCCUUCUUUGAUAGAAAGCUUCCUCCCUAGAAAAUGCCGGAAAAUGCUUUUACUGAAUGUGCAGCAAGCAAAAUAGAAUAAAAAAAUGCUCCUUGGCCUCCUCCAUCAUAUGCAGAAUGUGGAAGUCUAAUGCAGUGGUGAUUUUCAUUUUGAAAUACUUAUGCAAAAUGUUUGCUUUUCAUCUUGUAGGCUAUGUAUCUUUGUUAAUAGUUCAUUUUUAUAUAAAUAUAGAAAACUUUAUUUACCAGGGACACAUUUGUAUGCUUACACUGUGGAAAAACAAACAGAACCCAAAAGAGUAUAUUAGGGGUUUGCAUUUAGUGUUUAGGUGUUGUUUGAAUUCAUAUUUGAUCUGACAGAGGAAUAUUUAUUGCCUGUUAAAUGAUUGAAGAGCAGAAAGAUGUAAAUUGUAGUGAAGGUACAGCUCAUAUCUGUAUUCCCAUCUCAGGGUGCCUACCGAACAUUUUCUCAUACCACACUGUUUGCGGUUUAUCAGUUGCCAUAAAUGGGAGGGAGAAUAUUUAAAAGUGAUAUUUUGUUAAUUACUGUUAGUAUUGCUUUUAAAUGUGGUAUAUUGUUACUGGAGAUGUAUUUGAAAUGUGUGUGAAAUUUAAAACAAAAAACAUAUAUAUGAAUAUCUAAAGCUCAACAACCUCACACCACUAAGGGUUUAUCACCAAAAAAUGCUUGACCUCUCUUACUCCAAUACAAAAGUGCAUCGAAAACAACCUCCUGCUUAAUUGGAAUGUACAUAUACAAUUACUUUAGUUUUCUCAAAGUGAAAUGACAGAGUCAACUUCUAAUUGCAUGAAUCAAUUAACGAAGAAUAGCAUCACAUGUACCUAAAAUAAUUUUCUUUUUUACAUUUCAAUUCAUUGCACAUGUGUGUGUUCUUACACAUGGUCCAAGUUGUGCAAAAACAAACUAAUGCAACAGAUGCAAAGUAAAGGGCCAGGAUAGAAUAUUUGAAAGAAAACAUGGGGAGGCAAAGUAUUGUUGAAAAGAUGGAAUUUAGAUGAAUGAAGAGUGACUGUGCUGUCCUGACAAGAGAGGUGAGAAGGACAGAAGGAUAUUCCUUCCACUGCGGCAACAGGAGUCCAAUACAUCUGGAGAGUGCUUUGGAUGCACUUGGAAGAAAGCAGAUGCUUUCAAACAAUUUUAACCAAAGAAAAUGGCGUGGCUGAAGGGUUUUAGGUGUACAUAUGAUAUGUUGAGUUAUUACCGGGAGAAGUAAUCUCUGAGGUUAUUUAUUCCUUUAAAAGCACUGCCUUAUUGUUGAUACAAUAGUUUAGAAUUUGAGAUAUUAUGGCGAGUGCCAUAUUUUCUAUUAAAAAGAAACCUAUUCAGCAAACACA